ACCAAUCCAAAAAAAUCUCCACCACAGCACAAACACGCCUGAAAUCCUUUCACAGACCAUUUACAAUGAAGUAUUAUACAAUAGAAUUCUAAAAUUUUCCUUUUUUCUUCUUCCCUCUUCUCUGCAAGCAAAUAGGAAUGGCGUGUAGUACCACAGCGGCGAAGGCAAUGCUGGCAACAAACGCAUUCUCUACUCAGAGAAGCUUCUUGAACCUCAGUAGGCCCCACAGAGUUGGUCUAAUUCAUCAAAACUCCAGGUUUGUCGCUGUCAGAGCUUCAUCUGAUGAUUCUGAUUGCAAUGUCGACGAAUGUGCUCCUGAUAAGGAGGUUGGAAAGAUCAGCGUGGAAUGGCUAGCAGGGGAGAAGACCAAAGUGGUUGGCACAUAUCCCCCGCGCAAGCGAGGUUGGACUGGAUAUGUUGAGAAGGACACUGCUGGCCAAACAAACAUAUAUUCAGUUGAGCCUGCAGUUUACGUGGCAGAAAGCGCACUAAGUUCUGGAACUGCAGGCUCUUCUGCGGAUGGAUCUGAGAACACGGCCGCAAUUGCUGCAGGCAUCGGUCUCAUCUCUGUUGCAGCGGCUUCCUCAAUACUCCUCCAAGUCGGUAGGAGCUCGCCGCCUCAGGUGCAGACUGCUGAAUACAACGGGCCAUCACUAAGUUAUUACAUCAACAAGUUUCAGCCCCAAGAGAUUAUCCAAGCCUCAGCGCCAACGCCAAGUGAUGAUGCACAAUCAGUUCAGGUUGAGUCCCAAUUCCAGCCAGAAAUUUCCACAACAGAUCUGAGUAAUGCCUUUUAGAGAAAUGAAAUUGGUAUCAUGCUCGAACUUUUCUUCUUUUAUACACUUUGAUGUACCGAAAUCUUUGAUUUACCUAUAUUCAUCGUAGUUAUGAAGAUGUAAAUCGCAGCACAUCUUUUGACCUUAAAGAUGCCAAUCACUGUACACACACCGUGAAAGAGAAACGUUAUUUAUUUCCCCGAAGGUGGGCGUGAUGUGAAAUUGGUAGAAUGGUUUCUCUGA